GUCAAACUUUAAAAGACAUUGGUAAGGACAGAGUCCAGGGCACAGCACUACACUACACCAGCACUUUAAAAUUGCGGGCCAAACUUUUGAGGCACAGAGAUGACGCAGUUUGGAUAUAUUGCCAUUCUGGUAUUAUGGGGGUGCUCCAUUGCAUUAGCUAUUUCAUGUGGUAACAUAGAAAAUGGGAGUGUAAAGCCACGUUUCUUCUUCCAGAGAAGAAAAAGAAUAUUUGAAUGUAAUGCUGGGUAUAUAGCAGAAAAUGACGACAAUAGAAUUGAGUGUACUUCUUCAGGAUGGUCUCCUGUACCCAGAUGCAUUCCAAUACAAUGUGGAAGAAUAGAAAAUGGGAAAAUAGUGGACAAAGUUGAAGAAAAAACAACCUUUCAAUGUAAUCAUGGAUAUAAAUCUGAAAAUGGAAUUAAUGAAACUAUCUGUACCUCUGAAGGCUGGUCUCCAGUACCCAUAUGUAUUGUUCAAGAGUGUCCACAUCCACCUGACAUCGAUUUGGCAGAAAUUGUCAGUGGGGAGAAAGCAGAAUAUCAGGAGGGUGAUGUUGUUCAGUACAGGUGCUACCCAGGAUGCACUCUGGCAGGACCUGAAAGGAUAACAUGCAGUGGAGAAAAAUGGACACCUCCACCAAAGUGCUUGGCUCCAUGUAUUAUCACAAGGCAACAAUUGGAAACAAAAAAGUUGCUUCUGUCCAAUGGCCGAAGACGUACAGUAUUGAUUCAAAGUGACCAAACAAUGGAAUUUCUUUGUGGCGAACAUUCUGACCUUAAAAUCCCCUUCCCCAUCGAGUGUGUAGAUGGGCAUAUGGAUUUACCAACUUGUAUAUCUGGAACUGGGGAAAAGUGUGGCCGGCCACCUACUAUUAAGAAUGGAGACAUAACUACUCUAUCCCUAAAAGAGUACGUAUUUGGCUCUUCGGUAGAAUACAAAUGCCAACAUCAUUACAUAAUAAAAGGAGAACGGAAAUCGUACUGUUACAAUGGAAACUGGACAAAAGCACCAGUUUGUUUAGAGCCAUGUGUUAUCACGGAAGAAGAUAUGAGAUCACACAACAUAGAUCUAAAGUGGGCUUCAGCUCAAAAACUCUAUGUGUCACAUGGAGAUUUUGUAGAGUUUAAGUGUAGAUCCAGUUUGUCUCCAAAUUCUCCAAAUAAUCAUAGAGUGCAGUGCAAUGCGGGCCAAAUACCUUAUCCCCAAUGCACUUAGAGAUGGGUGAAUGUAGGAGACUUCACCACAUGUGAAUGGCAAGUACCCUUUAUUAUUAUGCUUAUCAGUGGUCCCUCUGAAAUGGAUCCCCAGAGUUUUAUCCUUCAAACAAGAACUACCACCAGAUAGCAGUCACUCCAGGAAUGGUAUAAGCAACAACUAAUUCAUGUUAACUAAUGCUAUAGCGACACUUUUGGGUGUGCAGCUUUUUAGGAGUAAUGCCUCCAGAAAUAAUCACAGCCAAGAUGAUGGCAGACGUAAGCAAUCCUCAAAUAGAUCAAACAAAAGAAUAUACAAUUCCAGAGGCCCUUUAAAAUGAACUGCAAAGAAAACAAAAUUGGGGUUUGUGCUUUUUUUCUUGCUUCUUUAUGACGGCUAAUGGCAGCCUAAAAACUAGAAUUUCCCCCCCCCCUUUCUUGGAUAUUGCACUAGAAAUUGAGACCUAGUUUAGAAUGGAAGACUAAGAUGACUGGAGAAUGAGCAUAAUUGUGACAUCACAAGAACCAAGAGUGAAAAUUAAGCAAAUAAAACAGGAUGUGAUUGUAAUUCUUUGUGUUUUGUUUUUGUUAAUUGUUUAAUUUCAGUUACCAAGAUCUCAUGCCCCUACAAUUAAGUAUGUUAGAGUGUACAAUAAAUAUGCUCUGAGACCUCGCAGUGGUCCUCCAGCAAAACCAGGGAAGUCCAUAUGCCUGGUAUUUCUAAAGUAGAAAAAAAAGCAAUUAAAAAACUUUGUAAACAAGAAGAGUCCUUUCACGCCUUCUUGCUACUUUAUAAAGAAACAAAAGGGGACAGAAGCUAAUUUAAAAAAAAUUGCAGGUCACCUUUAAAGAACAUGCUUUCUGUUCUCUCAUACAUUCACUGGUAUCUUCUAAACCCUGCUUAGCUUCCAACAGUGAUCUCCCAUAUAUCUCAGGGUGGCCACUCGGAAAUGGACCUUCACCUCAAUUUUAUCAAACAUUACCCACUUCUGUUGCUUGAGGCAGAUUCUCACUUCACCAGAAUUAUAUAACACCCACUCAUAUUGCCAUCCACUACAAGCUGCAUAUGCUACGUACACCAAAUCUGGCAAGCAAGCAAGCAAGAAAGCAAACAAACCUUACAUGAGAGAAUGCAUCAAGCAGAUGUCCAAAUGGUCAGAGUAUCCUAGCUGGCAAUGAAUUCACACUUCCCUACGCCUUCCCAGUCAAGAAGCACAAAUAAACCAAAAUUGUUUUAUCAUACCUAUAUUGUGGUACCUACCCCCAAGCUCGGCCCCCGAGCACUCUCCCGUCGACUCCUGUACUCCAGCGCCUCGAGAGGCGCAGGCAGAGUUGACAGGGGAGCGGCAGUAGUUGACUCACCGCGGUGAAGACACCACGGUAAGUCAAUCUAAGUACGUCAACUUCAGCUACAAGUUGCGUAACGUAGAUCGAUUCCCCGCCCCAGUGUAGACCAGGGCUAAGAGUAGAGCUUUAACAGAGUGAACAAUAACCAGAGGACAGAUCUUGUAGACAUUAGUAAAGCUGUGUUGUCACUCUCAUGACAUUUUAUGUUAUUAAAGCCCAGCCCAAAUGAUAGACGAGAAUCUCAACCUUCAGAUCCAGAGCUGAAUGUCCCUGGAGUUUGGAUCUGAGGUUUUAGGCUUGGGUUAAUCUCUACCAAAAACAAAUGGUUACAGGAUGUACAGCAAAUUCACAUCACAACUGUGAAGUGUACACUGCUUGAUAAAUCACAAACUCAGUCAUUAGAAAUGGCUGUCACCUCUUUUAUUCAGGUCCUACUAUUGUUUCCUACAUGAGAUAUAGAUAUAGAUAUAUUAUGAUUACUGUUCAUUAAUAUAAUCAUCUGUUAAUAACCAAUACAAUAUGGUGGGGAGGAAAGACUGGAAUAUGACAUAUGUUUGAGGACAACUCCAAAUACAUUGCAGUCAAUUAAAUGA